CUUUCAAGUUCGAUUUCGAGCCGCAGGACACGAGUGGGUUGCGCCAGCCUGCACCAGACUCGCAUGUGGCCAUUGGUCCCUCGCCUUCGCCCCUUGAUCUCAUCAUGCCAAGUGUUGGUGUUCACUCAUUUAUGUGUGUGUAUAUAUUCUUUAUCCUCGCUGCUGCUGCUCUCCACAUCUGUCAUCUCUAGCUGCAACCACCUUCAGAAUGAAGCAGUCGUCUCCUCUCUUCUUCAUGCUGCUGCUCCUCCUCCUCCUCGCCUUCCACACCGCAGCGAUGGCUUCUCGCGUUCUUCGUGAAGACGAGAUUACAGGGCCUGAAGAAAUCAAAUAUGAAUCAGUACUGGAUGAACUGGAGUUCUUCCCUCGGCACAAUCUCAGCUGGCAGGCACGGAGGGAUGCAAGGAUGGGAACGAAGAAUGCCUCGACAGGAGAGUCAUGUACGAAGCUCAUUUGGACUACAUCUACACUCAGCAUCGCCCUAAGCCGUAGUCCAGCAACAGACUUAGAGGGAGUGGGGAAAGUGUAAUCCAUGGAUCAAUCUUUGCUCAAUAAAAAAGGGCUUUGCCGCCAGUAAUGUUAGCGAGAAUGCCUAAAUAUAAAUACAGACGACUAGUAUUUCUUUUC